AUGUAUUCAUAUCAAAUUAUUUUUCCCGUUUAUCUAUUUUCAACAUUGAUCAUAUUGAAUAUUGAACACAGUUUUUGUAAUUCAUGUAAUAUACAAACUAAUUUAGAACUAUUUCAUUGUUCACAUCAAGGGCUAACUACAUUACCUGGAUUAAUACAUGAAAAUACAAUUGAAUUAAAUUUAUCUUAUAAUCUUAUUGAAAUAUUACAUGAAGAUAGUUUUACACGAUUAGUGAAUAUACGUAAAUUAAUUUUAGGUCAUAAUAGAAUUUACAAAAUCACAGAACGUGCAUUUUUACCAAUUGCUAAUACAUUAAUUUGGUUAGAUUUACGUUUUAAUCAAUUAACAUCCAAUUUUCAUCAUCCUUUCCCUGUGACAGCAUUUUCUCAACUUGUUCAUGUAAAUUAUUUAGAUUUAAGUGGUAAUGCAUUGAAUUAUUUACCGGCUAGAUUUCUGCAUGGUAUGAGUAUGAGUUUGCAUCGAUUGGAAAUGAGUUUUUUAUCGAAUAAAAUCUAUACAGAACCGAAUACAUUCUAUGGUUUAAGUAGAUUGCAUCAUUUAAAUUUAGCGUAUAAUAUGUUUGUACAUUUUAUGGAAGAUACACUUCACGGUCUAAGACCGGAAUAUUUUUCAUAUUUAAAUUUAGAAGGUGUUAAAUGGACAUGUGAUUGUCAAAUUGUAUGGUUUCGUCAAUGGUUAAAUCGAUUGCCAAAAAAAGCUGUAUAUAUUAAUUCAAAACCAGGUGGUGAGUGUAGUUCACCAAUACAAUAUAAAAAUAUGGCAUUAAUGCAUUUGAAUUUAACUUCAUUACAAUGUCAACCGGAAUUAAUGCAUACUAUACCAUCAUCUCAUUAUAAUGUAAACAUGAAUCAUACAAAUCCUACAAUCACACCUAUUCAUGUGUAUGGUACACAAGGUGAGAAUUUAACUUUAGUUUGUUCAUUUAUCAGUAAACCAAAAAUGCAAAUUCAGUGGUUUUAUAAUGGUGUUUUAAUACAACCACAUUGGUCACAUGUGAUACAAACUGUUAGUCCUGGCAUAAAUUUUACAACGACAUUAUAUUUUAAACAAUUGAAUAAAACUACCAAUGAAGGUUAUUAUCAAUGUCAAGCAAGUAAUCAAAUUGGUCAAGCUUCAGCGAUAUUCAAUGUUCAUGUUGAAAAUUCAGUUGUCAAGCAUAAUCCAUUACAAGUCAAUAAUAAAAAUUUAAAUGUUCAAUUUGAUUAUAAUUCUUGGCUUAAUCCGAUUGUAAUUACUAUUUUUAUUGUUUUAUUCAAUGGUACAUUUAUCAUCAUUGGUUUGUUUAUCAUGAAAUGUAUAUACUCCAAACGUGUAUCACAUCAAAAUAAUAGGAGAAAAUUAUCGAAUAAAGGAUUAACAAAUAAUAUUAAAUCACAGAAUGUAAUUGAUACAAAGUUAAUUAUAUCAAAUUGUACUCCAAAUACUACUACCACUACUCCUACUAUUACUACUAACAAUAAUAAUAGUAGUAAUAAUCAGCUGAUCACACCGAUUAAAUGCCAUUCUAUUGAUCAGAAUAAAACUAAUCAAACAUGCACUGAUUUCAUACCAAUAUCUUCUAAAUUAUACAAAGGAAAUUUGCACAAUACUAUAAAAGAGUUUGAUAUGAUUCAACAGGCAAACGAUCAAUCAACUCAUCAAAAUCAAUAUUAUGAUAGGGUUGAUUUAUUAAAAAAUAAUAAAACCAUUUUACAAACAAAAUUAAUUAAUCAUUCCAUGAAACAAGAUACACCUUCACCACAAAGUAGUGAUAUGGGUUAUUUGACAUUGAAUGCAUCACAAAAUUGUGAAAGUCUCAUUGAUUUCAAUGCAAAUCUUAAUGAAUGUAAUAAUAACAUGGUAAUAAAACAAUUAAAACCUAAAAUUUAUUAUACAUUAGGUGUAAGAUCUAGAAAUCAUUCAUUGGAAUUAGUUUAUUCUUUAAAUAAUACACAAGAUAAACAUUCUAAAUGUUCCAUGCAUCAUCAAGAUUGUUCAAUAAUAUCGGAUAGUUCAUUAUCACCGAAACAAAUUUCUUAUUCUCCUGAAUCAUCUUCAUUUGAUCAACAUUCGAACAAACAUCAAUUAGACAGUGAAACUACAAACACUUUACAUGAUAAGUUAGUUGAUCAGAAUUCUUGUCCAAUACAUGGAUCAACCAAGGUAAAUGAAAUUAAUUCAGUGCCAAAUCAAAGUACCACUGAUUGUCCAAUACACGGAAGUAAAUCUUUUAUUAAUUUAAACAAAUCCCCUCUGUAAAAAUGAACAUAGAAUCGACAAAUAAAUCUAAACCGUAUUCUAAUAAAUCCACAAGUUUAAUUUUAAACUAUCCAGACAAAACGUUGUUGAAUUCAAUGAAAAUGAAACUGACUAAAAUAUUGAAAAUUGACAAUAACGGUGA